ACACCACAGCACAAACCAGAACUCGAUCAAAUCCGCCAUUACUUGUACAGUUAUCUCCAUAUCCACAAAUCCCAUCAACCAACAAAAAAAGAAAUGGCACAGCCGCCAUUGCCGAGAUACGUGGUGCUGAAGUGCAAGUACAACAACAAGUACAUGCGCUACACACACGAAGACGUCCAGCAACACGGCCUCCUCCAGUUCACCGGCGAGCAAGCCGUGAGCCCUUACGCCAAGUUCCAGGUCGAGCCGUCCAAGACCGUGUCCGGUUUGGUCCACCUCAGGUGCACCUACAACAAUAAGUACUGGGUGAGAUGGUCCGAGACCCAGUACUGGAUCUCUGGCGGGGCAGACAACCCAGAAGAGGACCAGUCCAAGUGGUCGUGCACGCUCUUCAAGCCCGUCUUCGUCGAAAAAGAUGACCACAAGACCGUCCGGUUCCUCCACGUCCAGCUCAACCACUACGCGUGCCUGUUCCGCUCGGACCCGCCCUUCGGGAACUUCGUGUACGCAGGGUGGGAGGAGCCUAACAGCGACCUCUGUGAUGUUUGCCACGAGUACCUUGAAUUCUCUGGCAGCGACCUUGGUGAUCCUUCUGUGGGGAAUGAGGUCUUUACCAACCCGGACGGAAGCAUCCGGAUCAAGUCUGAUUACUUCAACAAGUUCUGGAGGCGUAGCCCCAACUGGAUCUGGGGCGACUCCAGCGAUAGCACUGCUGGCAAUGCCGACACGCUAUUUUGGCCCGUGAAAGUUGGGAAAAGCAUCGUCGCGUUGCGCAACUACGGAAACAACUACUUCUGCAAGCGGCUGACUACCGAGGGGAAAACAAGUUGUCUUAAUGCUGGGGUAUCGACAAUAAGCAGGGAGGCUCAGAUCGGGGUUGAGGAGCUGGUGAUCUCGAGGAGCAUUUAUGAUGUGGAUUUCCGCCUCAUGGAUGCUAGAAUCUACGACCAGUCCAUCGUCACCAUGGCCACCGGGGUCGCCAGUAACGGGACUUCGAAUCCCAAUACGGCGAAAGUGAAGCUGAGCUACACAGACACCAAGAGCAGCACCUGGUCUGGAGGUUACACGUGGGGCGAAACCAACGAGUCGUCAAACACGUUGGAGACUGAGUACGAGGUCAGUGUGAAGCCCAUGAGUUUGACCCGAAUCAGUCUGUUGGCCACCAGAGGAUCUUGUGACAUCCCUUACUCUUAUACUCAAAGGGACACUCUCACCAACGGAAGCCAAGUUGCUUACCGAAUGGAUGAUGGUGUCUAUACCGGCAUCAAUUCCUUCAACUUCAAGUAUGAGACCAAGGAGGAAAAGCUCGUCAUCUGAAUGAUGAAGAACCUUUCGUGACCAUAGGGGAGGGGGCUAGCUGGUUCUUAAACUAUACUAAGCUAAAUAACGUCGACGGUCCCAACCUACAAGCUCCCACUUCUGAAUCCUAUGUACCUUUAUAUCAUGUGCAUAUAUGAUGCAUCUAUCUCAUGGACCGCGCGACUGCGUGCUUGAGGAUUUGCUUCUGUAUUUUGUUUUCAUUUUCUUUGUGUGUUUCAUUCAAUGUAUGAUACGUGUUUGGUGUGUUGAAUUUAAGCUUCAUAUAUGAUGAAAGUAUUGACCGUUUUGCUAAAAUUUAAAGUUAUGGAGCACUUCUACUAUACUUUAAUGUACACCUUGAAGUUAUACAAUAACGUUAAAUGUACAAAUUAAAGUUGUACCAUAAGAUAAUUUGAUCUUUAUGUUAUGGUACAACUUUAAGAUGUGUCAUAACAUAAUGGUACAACUUUAGUUUGUAUCAUAAAUGAAUUUUACAAAAAAGC